AUGGCCAACACUAGGAAUUACCUUCGUGACUUGUUGGAUUCCGUCAAUGAAUUCAAGGGUCUUGUCUGCGAUGUACAGUUGAACCACCCCAUCGAAGACUAUGAUGACGCUGCCAAUGCGGAUUCACUCAAGGUGCACGUCACAAUCAAUUCCUGGGUCAAGAACAGCUCCACAGGAACCACAGUGCAAGCACUGCACAAGAUUGCCGGAUCCAACUGGGAAGAGUAUGUGGAAAACUAUGCCCGCAACGUUGGGGACGAGUUGAAUGAAUUUGCCAAUACCUUCAAGAUUCACUUUAGGGGUGUAGCCAAAAAGGGCACCCGAUGA